UGACAUUUACAAUUUACAUUUCAAAGAAAAUUGUUGUAAUGACUGGUGUUCAAGAAACUUCGUGCAAGCUUUGCCUCAAAACUGUAACCGUUAAAGGUUUUGAGGUAAUAGACGACGUUACUAGAGAUAUUUUAGAUGUUCUUUUGGUGAAAUUGAAAUUUUAUAGCGACGGCAAAGAGGUUAUAUGUAACGUCUGCAGAAGAAAGUUAAACGCAGCAUUCGAAUUUAAGUCAACUUGUCUGAAGAACGAUUACACAAUUAUUCCAUAUAUGGAUUGUGAAAAAAUGUUACAGCUCGACUUAAGAGAUGUGUACAUCCAGGAAAAGAUAAGCGAGUCAAUGGAUAUUUCAGAUAGUCGGAGAAUAUGUCGAUUGUGUAUGGAGCCAGUAGAAAGUGAGUUUAGGUGCAUACGUGAACAGGAACUUGAAGCUAUCGAGAAGUUGGCUCCUGAAAUGAAUAUAAAUAUCAUCAAAGAUCCCGUUGUAUGUAAGGAAUGUUUUGAAUCUGUGUGCACCCACAACAGUUUCCUAAAAAAUUGCUCGGAAGUACAGGAAGAAAUUAGAGGUAUUUUUAAUAGCGCAGCAACAGAAAGCCAGAUAGAUACGUCACCAUCUGAUUUAUUCGUUAACACUGAAAACCAGGACAAAGAAUUCGAUAUCAACAAGAUGGAAAUGUCAAUCAAAGCUGAAAGUAUCGACAUAAAAUCGGAAGAUGAGGAAAGAAGUGACUCGUUACUGCAGAGCUCCGAUAGUGAAUCUUUCGAGAAGAGUGUUCAUAAAAAUGCAGAAGAGGAUGGAUGUAAACAUAAGAAUAGAGCGACAAACGAAUGUAAUACCAAAGUCAACCAGGACAACAAAGUAUUUUACAAAUGUGAUAAAUGUAUUUACGAAAAUAGAAGCGAGAGUCGUUUUAUGACACAUCGUGGGAGACACGAGAAUGAUUCGGAAGCAUAUAAAUGUGAAUUGUGCGAGUAUGAAACUGAAAGUAAAAAAUUUUUUCAGAAACACCGGUUGAGGCAUAGUGAUCCUUCGGAAACGCGUAUGCAUCGAUGCGGAUCAUGUAAUUACAAGACAAAGUGCAGAUGUGAGCUUGCUAAGCAUCAGGCGAAACACAAAAGUGCAUCUGAAAGACGAUUGUACGAGUGUGACAUUUGUGAUUUCAAAACAAAGGGGAAGUUCAGUUUUAAAAGUCAUUAUAUAAAACAUAAAAACUCUAACAAUUAUGUAGAAUUACCGAAUAAGGACACUUCACAACUGCCCAUUUAUAAAUGUGAUGGCUGCACAUACGAAUCAAAGAAUAGGUCAAAUUUUACCACACAUCAAUUGAUACAUAAAGAUCCUUCGCAGGUGCAAAUGUACAGGUGUAACGACUGCAGUUAUGAAUGUAAAUAUAAGGGUGCUAUCAAACGGCAUGAACUGAAACAUAAAGAUCCUUCGCAGGUCAAAAUGUACAGGUGUAACGACUGCGAUUACGAAAGUAGACACAAGGAUGAUUUAAAACGUCAUCAACUGAAACACAAAGAUCCUUCGCAGGUUCAAACGUACAGGUGUAACGACUGUGAUUACAAAACUAAAUACAAGGGUGAUAUGAAAAAACACCAACUGACACAUAAAGAUCCUUCACAGAUUCAAAUGUAUAAUUGUGCUCACUGCGAUUUCAAAACUAAACAUAAGUAUUAUAUCAAACAGCACCAACUGAAACACAAAGAUCCUUCACAGGUUCAAACGUACAGGUGCCACGAUUGCGAUUACGAAACUAAGUACAAGAGUUGUAUCAAACAGCAUCAGCUUAAGCAUAAAGAUUCUUCUCAGGUCCAGGUGUACAGGUGUAAUGACUGCAAUUUCGAAACUAAAUACAAGAAUUGUAUCAAACGGCAUCAACUGACACGUAGAGAAGAUGUACCGACUGUGAUUAUGAAUCCAAAUGCAGGAAAAAACACCAACUGAAACACAAAGACUCUUCACAGGUCCAAACGUACAAAUGUAACAACUGCGAUUUUGAAACUAAAUACAAGAGUUGUAUCAAACGGUAUCAAUGGAAACAUAAAGAUAAGGCGUACCGACUGUGAUUAUGAAUCCAUUUGCAGGAGUUGUAUAAAAUAUCACAUGCCGAAGCAUAGAGAGCUUUCACGAGUGUAAAUGUUCGGGUGAGUAUGUAUGAGCAUGCGAAAGUAUGUCACGGGUUCAAAUGCAUCAAUGUGAUUCUGAAACUAAGCAUAAGAAGUCUCUAAGGAGAUAUUUGUUGCUGCACAAAAAACAUUUGCGGGUGUGAAGCACGGUCCAUUAAAACGCAAAAUCCAGUCAAAAAUGAAGUUAUUUAAGGGUUCAAACAAACUUUUGCUGAAACAGAAAGAGACAAGUGAUUUCGGACUAGUGCUUUUGUAACAAUGCAUUAAAAUGAAUACUUUGUAAUAUACACCGGCUUUGUCUAUAUUUAAAAAUUUAUAUUUUUCAUUACCAAUAUUCAGAGUGAAUCUUAAAUGUGUACAUGUGUAUUCUAAACGACGAGACGGUUUAUUAUGUAGAAACAGUUAAGUUUUUUUGUCCAAAAAAAAAAAAAAAUUAGGAAUGAAAUAAAUAUGCUGUGACGCACUUUUCCUCGGUUCUCUCUCUAUGGGUCGGUUGGUGUUACUUUUUAUUACUUUCAACUAUGGUGUGUGCACCCCCUGUAAUUUAAUUUUUC